AUGCGUGAAUACAAAGAUUCCAGUCGUGAAAGAAUUGUUCGUUAUAAUUGUGAUGGUAAAAUAUUAAUUAAAGUUGAUAUUCCCGCAAAAGAAGAAGCUAUAAAAGAAUUUAACUUUAUAAAUUCUUCAUUUAUACCAGAUCUGUAG